AUGGCCCCUCGCAUUCAUGUCCAACAACAGCACACUCGCUCCGAAUCAUGCAAGCUGCAAAUUCUCAUCGUCGGCGCCGGCUUGGCCGGCCUUGGAUCAGCUAUUAGCUGCGCUCUCGCCGGACACGCAGUUCGUAUUCUCGAAGCGACUCACGAAAUCAAGGAGGUUGGGGCUGGAAUCCAGGUUCUACCCAAUAGUUCGCGCAUCCUUCAGCAUUGGGGCCUGGAAAAGGCGUUGACACCACAUAUGACUAACCCCAGUGUAUGUAACUUCAUUGGGUGGAAGGGCAACCGAAUCUCCUCCUUGGACUUUCAUCAGUCGGAGAGCAAUUAUCCCGGAACCUGGUACCGCGACUUCCACCGGGCGGAUCUUCAACGGUGUCUGGUGGAAAGGGCUCUCGAGCUGGGAGUGCAAUUGACGUGCAAUGCACGUAUUGAACGAGUCACCGUGGGUGCGGAUGGGGCAACAGCAACGGCGGUUGCAGCAGAUGGGAGAGAGUGGAGAGGCGACCUGGUUAUCGGAGCCGAUGGGGUAUUUGGGAAAUUAACAGAGGCAUUACUCGGUCGCAGUGAUCCACCUGUGAAGACCGGAGAUCUUGCAUACCGUCUUUUGCUGUCCACGGAGGAGAUGCGCAAAGAUCCCGAAUUGGCGCCAUUUGUGAACGAGCCACAAGUCAAUUAUUGGCUAGGUCCAGACGCUCACGCCGUCAAUUAUGUGCUGCGUGGAGGAGAUCUCUUCAAUAUGGUCCUACUCGUGCCGGAUGAUAUCCCUGAGGAGUCUCUUGCCUCUACAGUAGAGGGAAAUGUGAAGGAGAUGUGUGCUUUGUUUGAAGGUUGGGAUCCACGUAUUCAAAAGUUGCUCAAGCUUUGCCAGUCAGUGCAGAAAUGGCGACUCUGUAUUCGAUUCGGCGAGUUCGACUGGGCUCAUCCGUCCGGCUCGUGGGUAAUGCUGGGCGAUGCGGUGCACGCCACUCUACCAUAUCUGGCUUCAGGAGCUGGAAUGGCCUUUGAGGAUGGCGCUGUUCUCGGGGAAUGUCUAUCUCGUCUCCCCAAUUCCCCUGAUAUCACCAAGACCUCUACCGAGUUCUUGAAUGCCAAGAAGCAUGCCUUGUCUGUUUUCCAACAGUGUCGCAAAGAGCGUACGAAAAUGGUUGUGGACCGAGGCAACAUCCAGCAAUAUCUCUAUCACCUGCACGACGGGCCAGAGCAACAGGACAGAGACCGCAAGAUGCAGAUGGUGCCGACGCCUGAGGGUGAAGCAUUGGCUUGGAGAGAUCCAGGAUUGGCACCGAAACUGUUGGGUUAUGACCAUAUCGCCGACGUUGAUCGCUGUUGGGGCACCAUGCGUGAAAGUGAUAUGGUAGAAUCUCGGUUGUAA